CCCGGGAGCGCCUCAGGCUCUGCCCGUGUCCCAAAGGUCCCGCAGGGCCGGGGGACGCCGCACCUCGCUCUCGCUAUGCCCCUGAGCCGUCCCGCGCUGGAGUUGGCUGUCAGAGAAACCUUGGAGGUCCCCUGCUCGGCCCCGGUAGUGUCAUGAGUUAGAUUAGUUGGAGCUGUGCUGGGGGCGGUGAGGGCUUGGAUUACAGUCCAGAACUCAAAGUGCUUCGGUGGUUCACGUCGGAGGGGAGAGGAGACGCCCCGUCGCACACAUGGAGGAAAAAGAGAAAAAACGCUGCCUUUGGAAGUGAGGGGGAAGAAAGGAGGCCGGGAACAUGGACUCGGAGUCACUGGACGGCUGCAUUCAGAGCACGUUAUCAGCACUCUACCCUCCAUUCGAGGCUACCGCAGCCACUGUGCUGUGCCAAGUUUUUGAUGUGGUGGAGAAGACGUACCGUGGGGAUGGACUGCACUACCUCAUAGACUUCCUGAUUCCAGCCAAGCACAUCCUGCAGUGCAUUCAGCAGGAUGCCUGUGCUCCGUACUGCGGGUUGCUGUUUCGCCAUGCGGGCUGGCCCCUGUGCAUUCAGGACAAGAUUGUAAUCCAGCUCGCUUCCAUUGACUGGCAAAUCCUGAAGCCUGGUGACUUCUACCUGCAGGUGGUCCCCUCUGUGAAGAAGCCUCCACGAAUUGUAUUGAAAUGUUUGGCAAAAGAUAAGCAUAAUGUAGAAGAAGUGGUGAUUCCAGAAGUUUCAUAUACCUCUAUUUUUACUCUGGAAUGGUUGAGUACGUUCAAUGGAGAGCGGAUGGGCAUAGCACUGGAAAAUUGUUUACUAACCACUGAUGAGAAAAUAUUUCGUGUCCCCUGGGAUAAAGUGGUUAAUCCUGAAUUUAUAAAUAAACCAAAAAUAAUUGAAAACAAUAUAAUCUCUCCAGAAAUAACAGAGGAACGUUCAAUUUUGUGCCUCCCCACGGACCGUACUGAGUGUGGUUCACCAGACCUGAGGUCUCAGUAUCUGCAGGAACUAAGCUCAAAUCGAGACAACCCUGUCAUUAGCAGCACUGCUCCACAGUUAAACGAAGCUCUGGUCAAUGGUGUCUGUACGAGUCCUGUGACUCAAGAGAGCUUGGAAAGUGACCUUGAAGGGGAGUACGUUGAGCUGGCAGAAGUUUCACUGCCCAGAUUUGGGCCACAAACAGGAUCUGUAACACAGUCUCUGGCAUUAAGUUAUUUCACUCAGCCCAGGGCACGAGUGAAUGAGUCUAAAGGCAAGCACAGAUUUAUUGUCAUACAAGACAGCACCUACUCCAAGAACUUAAUUCGUUCAGCACUUAUGCAGAAAGAACACUGUCAAAUGGACACUCUGAACACUUCUACAGAAGUUCUCAAAAAUGUUACUCCGUUGGAAGGCAGCAAAAUGAUGGCACAUGGAGAACUGUCCCCAGAAGGUCAGCUGAUACCAGCUGAUCCUGGGAGCAUGGGUGAUAACUUCCCUGUGGCUGAGCCUCCUGCUUGCCGUGCAGAAGAUUCCUCUGCAGAGCGUGAGACUCGCAGUGAGCGAUACGCACUGUGCAGCUACACUGAUGUGUGUGCUGGAGAUGCUGCCAGCUGCAAGGCACGAGUGCCUGGUGCCCCUGGAAACGUGGAGGGACAAAGGGAUGGACCUAGUGAAAGUGCUGGUGUUGAAACAUUGGAGCAGAGCCCAGAAGUGACUCUAGAUGCUACUGCUGCUAAAGAGGAAGUGAUGCUGGGAGUACACACAGAACCACUGACUGAGGGUCAAAAGGAGGUGACACUGACGGAUGCUUCUUCUGUACCUGUCCUAGGCCCUUUGGGACCAUGUUGCACACUAAAGGAAGCUUCUGAUGUCUCUUGCCAGGGUGUCAGUGGAAGUGUUGAGCCAGUUCAGGUCACUACAUUGCCUGAGAAUUCAGAUGUAGGUGGGGAGAGAGGCUCUCCUUCAGGGAAUGUGGCAGAUGUAAGCCCUUGCUGCAGCGAUAAUGAGGCAAAUUCUCCAUUAAGUCCUCCAGAAGAGAGCCAAGGAGAUGUAGAUGGAUUUGAGGUGGGAAGAAGGGACAGCCAAGAGGAAGUGAAAGAGUCUAAAGAAAUGUUGACUGUAAAUGAAAAUCAGACUAGUUGUAGUCACUGUUCUGUGAAAGCUUCAACAGAUGGAACCUUGUCAGAUGGUGAAGAGCAAGAGCAUAAAAAGGCUGAAGAAGCCAUACCACUCAAAACUGCCCAGUCAGCAGAGGAGAAUCAGAUGGCAGAACAAUUAAAUAAUGGUGACUUGUUGGCUCCCAGUGCACAAGAGGAAGAUUCAAGUCUGUUCAAAACCCAGAGGUCUGGAGGGACGUCUGAGGAACCGCAAAGGCUCUUGGAAAACCAUGGCUGUGAAAGUGAAGAGAACUCUCUGCUGAACCAGGAGCAUGUUGCAGUACAGGACUUGCAGGGACAUGUGGAGAACCAGGAAAGUUGUUCUUACAGGGAAAGGUUGAAGACUACAGCCUCAAAAACACUGGAAUCCAUUGAGGAGGAAUUGGAGGGUGAACCACUGUCCUCAGAACCUGCUGAGGAGCAUACAGAGCCUGCCACUCUGCACUCCCAGCCAGAGGCAUCGUCGGGGGCGUCACCUCCUAAAGGGAUGGUGCCAGAAGAGACAGAGAUGAGAAAAGAGGCAACUGGCACAGGUGUGUUGAAAGCAGCGAGUAAAAGCAGUGCCCUGGAGGAAACUUCACCUCCUGUUACUCCCCCGACAUCCCCAACUUCUGGAAGUGCCUGGGGUGGUCACUUUGCACGUACCAUGGUCAGGGAUGUGAACCCAGAAGUGCUCAGGAGUGGAGUUGCCUACCUGCCUGGUACCAGAGACAAAUCGGGGCGUGCAGUGGCCAUAAUAACAGCAAGGAGCACGGCCUGGUUAAACCCCCACUGCAACACCACUGAGCUUGUGCGCCUGCUUCUGUACUUGCACAGCAUCCCAAGACCAGAGUGUCAGGCUUUGGGUCUGACUGUUCUUGUGGAUGCUCGUCGCUGUUCUCCCGUCCCUGCUCUCUUCAAGGCGUUCAGCGCGUUGCAGGAGAUGGAUCCUCACUGUAUUCAUGGAGUCCUGCUUCUGGUUGAAAAAGAUCUGACUUUUCGGAUGGAGAAGCCACCAGCAGGGCAGUUUGAACUUCUCACCUCCAUGAAAUCCCUCCAUAAGCACAUAGACAGCUCCCAGCUGCCUCUGGAGCUGGAAGGGACCUUCCCAUACUGCCACCAGAGCUGGCUGAGCUUCCGCAGGAAGCUGGAAUACUUGCUACAACAAUGCCAGGGUGUUUGUGCCUUCCUUCAGGGAGCUAUUAAUAAAGUGGAAUCCACAAAAUUACCAAGAAAGGCUGAGGAUGCAGCUGUGCUGCUGAGGAAUUCAAGGCAGUUGAUGAAGAAUGUUCUUGAAGAUGCAAGUUUGGUCAGGGUGCAGCAGGAGGGCGGAGCGCUCCUCGCCAGACUGGGCAAGGAGGCGUCCUGUGUCACCCUCACCCAAGACUACAGAGAUGCACUGGAUGCUGCCAGCGUGCUCUACAAUCAGGUUGAUGAGGGCGUUCACCGCCUGGUGAUGCUGUCAAACAAGCGUGUCCAGGAGCUGGAGCUGGUGAUGGAGUUCGAGAAAGUGGAAGAGUGUUUUAAGGAGGUCAGCAGUUGGAUUGAGAAUGUUGGCAGAAAACGGCUAAAGGAAACUGUCAACCUGGAUGAUUCUUUGGAGAUGCUGCUUCAAGCACAAAAGCAGUUCAAGGAGUUUGAUCUUGUUGCCAGUGAAUAUUGCAGAAGGGGACAGGAAGCAUUAAAGAAGAUGAAUCAAUGGGAAGACCUUUCCUUUGUGGAUGUGCAUUCUUACAGGGUAAAGCUGCAGACCUACGAAGAUGAGCUGGAGGAUUUCUGCACCCAGCUGGAUGAAACAAGGCACAGAGUCUGUGAAACAGUCAGGCUGUAUGAAUUCUUUGACAAGGCGUACGAGUGGGCCUUGGAAGGGAUGCGACACCUUGCCUGUAUCAGCAUGGAGGACUGCAGCUCUCCUGAGCACUGUGCAGAUGUCAUCAAGUGCCUGGAGAGUUACAAGGGGCAGCACCCGGACAUCAGUGCUGCCCGGUUCCAGGAGAUGAAGGAGCUGGCCUGUGAGCUGAAGAGUGACAAGGGGCUCAAGCAGUGGAAAUUUGCAUGGUCUAAAUGCCAGGAGACCAAGCUGGUUUUUGAAAAGAAACUGGAAGCAGCCUUGAGAACAAGGAAGUCUCUGCUGUCAGACCGCAACCCAGCUGUGGGGGAGCAGCCCCACGCUGGCAGUGAGAGUGGCACUCUGUCCCACCGGAGGCACUCUGAGGGGGCCACCUCCAGGUCCCACUGGGACAGGACUCCGAGCACAUCUCAUGGCUACAGCAGAAGCAACAGCUGUCUGGAGUGGACUAGGGAGAAAGCUCCCUCGCCCUCCCUGAGCUGCCCUGGAGAUGUCGAUGCUGGGGAAGUUUUUGUCUGCCCAGCUCCUCUCAGCCCUGGUCCUCACUCCAGCAGAAUUUCUUUCGCCAGCAGGGCUUGUAAGUCUUCAAUGCUGCCUGAAGAAAAGCCAAACCUGGAGAGCAUUUUAGAAGCCCCAGAGGUGAGGCAGUCUUCUACAUCCACUCCAGUCCCUGGGAAGCUGCCUCCCAGGAAGGUGCUCCGGAAGGCCCAAAGCUUUGACCUGCCUUAUGGUGAGAGCCUGUGGGCCAGCUGCCAGAGGAGCGAGCCGGCCCGGUACGGCAACACCGGCGUCUUCAUCAAGGGGCUGGAGGUGAGCAGCACUGAGCUGGUGGACAGGACAUUCGCUCUGAGGCAGCCAGCUGUGAGCAGCUGGGCUGCAGACUGCCUGCUGGAGGGACAGAGGGGCUGCCUCUCCGGGGCAGAAGCCAAGAGCUGGGGCAGCAAACUGCGGCACAUCAUCGAUGAGAUGGUGACCACGGAGCGGGAGUACGUGCGGUCGCUCCGCUACAUCAUCGACAGCUACUUCCCCGAGAUGGAGCGCCUGGACCUGCCCCAGGACCUGCGAGGGAAGCGCAGCGUCAUCUUUGGAAACCUGGAGAAACUCUAUGACUUCCAUAGCCAGUACUUCCUUCGAGAGCUUGAGAGCUGCUGCAACCACCCACUGAGGGUCAGCCACUGCUUCCUGCGACACAAAGACCAGUUUGGAAUGUAUGCACUGUAUAGCAAGAACAAGCCAAAGUCAGACUUGCUGCUGGCCAGCCAUGGGAAUAACUUCUUCAAGUUCAAGCAGGUGCAGCUGGGGGAUAAGAUGGACCUGGCCUCCUACCUGCUGAAACCCAUCCAGCGGAUGAGCAAAUAUGCCCUGCUCCUGAAGGACCUGAUCAAGGAGUGCAGCGAGGCACAGGAGCAGGAGCUGGGCUAUCUCCGUGCUGCUGAGGAGAUGGUGAAGUUUCAGCUCCGGCAUGGGAAUGACCUGCUGGCCAUGGAUGCCAUCCGUGACUGUGACGUAAACCUGAAGGAGCAGGGGCAGCUGGUGCGGCAGGACGAGUUCACCAUCUGGCUGGGCCGCAGGAAGUACCAGCGACACAUCUUCCUCUUUGAGGACCUCAUCCUCUUCAGCAAGCCCAAGAGGAUCGAUGGUGGCUUUGAUGUGUAUAUCUACAAGCACUCCUUCAAGACUGCAGACAUUGGUCUGACUGAGAACUGUGGAGACAGCGGCCUGCGCUUUGAGAUCUGGUUCCGAAGGCGGAAGUCCAGUGACACCUACAUCCUCCAGGCCAGCUCAGCUGAGACUAAGCAGGCCUGGACCAGUGACAUUGCCAAAAUCCUGUGGCAGCAGGCAGCCCGCAAUAAAGAAAUCCGUAUGCAGGAGAUGGUCUCCAUGGGUGUGGGUAACAAGCCCUUCCUGGAUAUCAAACCCAGUGAGGCAGCUAUUAAUGACCGUGCUAUCGAUUACAUCAUGAAAGGCAGAGGUGCCAGGACCAGAGCCUCAAUUGCAGUGUCUCUGUUUGACCAUUCCAACCCCUUCAAGAGGACACAGACGCAGCUCUCCACCGGCAGCACCCCCACUGCCUAUUCCCCUUCCUCCUCCUCCUCCCUGCUGGGGCCCCUCAACCUCCACAUGUACUUGGACCAGGCUCUGCUGCCAGGGGUCCUGGCCCCCAGGCGUCCCUUUGACAUUGGCACUUGCAUUGAGGAAGAUGAGCUGGAGCACGAGACGAGCAGCCAGCCCUCAAUGACAACAGAGAGCUCAGAGUCAUCGCACUGCAUGUCAGCCACGGGCUCCAGCGGCUCCGACAGUGGCUGUGUCUCCAACAUCCCACAAGAAAGCUUCUGUGAAGACAUGGGCUCGCCCCCUUACAUGCCCGUAGGCCCACAGCACAGCUCUGCCAUGGAGGGCAGACCCAGGUUCACAAACAGCCAGUACAUUUCUGCAAAAGCAGGCCAGGUCACCAUAAGUCCCUCAAGAAUAGUGUGAGCCCCUCGGCCCCGCCUCAGGAAGUGGAGUUGUUGUUUGAUUGCCAUUUCAAACUCACUGAAGACCCCAGGCCUCUGACCAGCAGAAGGACACAGUCUUCAUCCUUGAAGAUAUUUUUUGCCCAUUAUCAGGCUCUUUCAAACAGCCCAAAACUUGACCUCUGCCUGAGGCGAAGUCCCAGGAUGGCUUCUGUCAACUAAAUGUAAUAGCUUUGGUGUUGGAUGGGACCUUGGGCAUUUAGAACUCGUUAGCCCUAUAUUUAUAAGUAAUAAGUAACAUAGCAGUUUGGGAAAAAAAAAAGUAUUAUUUUUAAAGCUAUGAGUUGUACAGAUUUUUAUUACAAGUGACUCUGUUACUAUUUGUCGUGUAAGCUGCACAUUUUAUAAAGUUUUUGGAAGGGCAUGAAGAGAAAUUGAGGUAUUUAAAAAAAGUAGUCUAACUUUCUGUUUCAGGGUUAUAGUGACCCGAAGCUCAAGAUUUAACGUCCUUCCUUAUGUUCUAAAUAUGUCUAUCGUAGCAAUAAUUUAUUUCCUUGGCUUAAUACUUCCAUUCUAAUAAAAGCAAUUUCAUUGUUAUGAAUUGUUUCUUCAGAUGGUUCUUCCAGUGCCUUGGUGCUGAGCUAAUCUCUCUCAUAACCAUCUGUCAGCUCUGCCACUCUGCCUGUGCCACCUCUGCUCUGACUGCCAGCUCCCCCUGUAAAUGCUCAGUGCAUUCACCAGAGAAGGGGAAGAUGCCCAGGCAGAGACUCCCCUGGUGCCAGUGGGAGGCUGACCCAGAGAGAGCAGCCAGCAGAGGUGUCAGUAGGAAAGGAAUAGGGAGCUGUGUCUGGUGGAGCUCAGGAGGCACCAAAAUUCCUGGCUCUAAUUUUAGCCACUUGCCCCCAUAGCUGCUGUCCCAGUGCAAGUUCCUCUCUUGCCCUGCUGGCUCAUGUUCCAGUGGCUUAGUUCAGGCUCCAUUGUGCUUUGUCCUGGCUGUGCCCCUGGUUUUGGACUGACAGGGACUGGCUCCUUGCUUCCUCUCUGACUCAGCCCCUCUGCUGGUACUUCAGUCCCACUGUUGUGGCUUGUUUGAGGAGCUUUGGAUGUGCUGGCAUUCGAGACCAACAGGUUUUGAGUGUAAUGGCUUGAUCAUAAUGCUGAACCUUAAGUGGAUGUUGUUUAAGUAACACAGCAUAACUGGAGGACAGACGAGCCCUGUGUUCCAAGGUGGCUUUUUCAUGAGUAACAUCCAAGGUCACUGUGUGGCUGUGACACCCUCCUUCUGUUCUUGGACAAAAUGAAAAUUAGCAUUUCUGGAAACAGUGGUUACUUGGCUGCCAAGUUCCUGUUUACUCCUGGUUUGUGCAGGGCUGUAAAUCAGCUCCUGCAGGUGUGGGAGAAGUGCUACAUUUGGCCUGAGGAAGAGGAUGGAGUAGUAAUUUAUUUAACUGCAAUUUUCUUCCCUUGGCAGACAUGGGUGUUACACCCCACAGCCACCCUGGAAACAGUGUUCCUUCAAGUUUGGAAAUUCCUGUACUGUAUGUAAAACACUUGUUUAUUUUUAAUAAGCUGGAUGUUUUUAAACCUUGUUCUUUUCUCAGACAGCAAGGAAAAUACAUUUGACACCUUUGUACAAAAUAGCGUGGGAAACAGUUAUACAGGGAAUAUUUUACAAGUUACUAUUUUGAGAUAAUUGCUGGGUUAAUGCAAAGUUUCUGGACUGUCAAGACAACAAUAGCUCAUGUCACAAGAGGGAGAGAAGUUACUAAUGCAACAAGAGGAACAUGAAACGUCUGGAAUUUCUCAGUUUCAAAGGUUUCUAAAUUGCUGGACAAACCUUUAGUAUUGUUUACCUGACACUCUUUCUUCAGGGUUUGAUUGAUUUGUCUA